AUGGCGGCGGGAGACGCGGUUGGGAGGUACCGCGGCACGGUGGGCAGGAGCAAGGACCCCUCGGGGCUGCUUAUCUCGGUUAUCAGGACUUUAUCCACCAGCGAUGACGUGGAGGACAGGGAGAACGAGAAGGGGAGGCUGGAGGAGGCGUACGAGAAAUGCGACCGCGAGCUGGACGAGCUGAUCGUGCAGCACUACACGGAACUCACCACGGCCAUCCGCACCUACCAGAGCAUCACCGAGCGCAUCACCAACUCCCGCAACAAGAUCAAACAGGUGAAGGAGAACCUGCUGUCCUGCAAGAUGCUGCUGCACUGCAAACGGGACGAGCUGCGCAAGCUGUGGAUCGAGGGCAUCGAGCACAAGCACGUGCUGAACCUCCUGGAUGAGAUUGAGAACAUCAAGCAGGUCCCUCAGAAACUGGAGCAGUGCAUGGCCAGCAAGCGCUACCUCAACGCCACCGACAUGCUGGUGUCAGCAGUGGAUUCCCUGGAGGGUCCCCUCCUGCAGGUGGAGGGGCUGAGUGACCUGAGGCUGGAGCUGCACAGCAAGAAGAUGAACCUGCACCUGGUGCUGAUCGACGAGCUGCACCGGCACCUCUACAUCAAAUCCACCAACCGCGUGGGGCAGCGCGGCAAGGACAGAGCCAGGCUGGGGUCCCUUGUGAAAGACUCCUCUCCUGUGCCUCUGAUGGAUGUCACUAAUUUAUCUACACCUCGGAAAUUCCUUGAGACUUCCCAGUUCAGUACUCCUGGAAGCUCCAGCAUGCGAGACUCGAGCCUUCUGGAAACCAAAGAGGACACAGACCUGGAUCCAGAGGAGAACAGUGCUGUCUUCAUGGGAAUCCUCAUCAAAGGGCUGGCCAAGCUGAAGAAAAUCCCAGAAACAGUGAAAGCCAUCCAGGAUCGUUUGGAGCAGGAGCUCAAGCAGAUCGUGAAGCGUUCCACCACUCAGGUGGCUGACAAUGGUUACCAGAGAGGGGAGAACAUUUCCCAGGAAAACCAGCCUAGGUUGCUGCUGGAGCUUCUGGAGCUGCUCUUUGACAAGUUCAACGCCGUGGCCGCCGCGCACUCGGUGGUGCUGGGCCACCUGCAGCAGACAGUGGCCUCCCCCUGCAGCCAGCACGAUGGGGACAUCAAGCUCUACGACAUGGUGGAUGUGUGGGUGAAGAUCCAGGAUGUCCUGCAGAUGCUGCUGACAGAGUACCUGGACAUGAAGAACACACGCACGGCCUCGGAGCCCUCAGCCCAGCUCAGCUACGCCAGCUCCGGCCGCGAAUUCGCCGCCUUCUUCGCCAAGAAGAAACCCCAGAGACCCAAAAACCCUCUCUUUAAGUUUGAAUCCUCAUCCCAUGCCAUCAGCAUGAGUGCCUACCUGAGGGAGCAGAGGAGGGAGCUGUACAGCAGGAGUGGGGAGCUGCAAGGAGGACCAGAUGAUAAUUUAAUUGAAGGUGGUGGGUCCAAGUUUGUCUGCAAACCAGGAGCCAGGAACAUCACCAUCAUCUUCCACCCCCUGCUCAGGUUUAUCCAGGAGAUUGAGCUGGCCAUGGAGCUGGGCCCAGCCAAGCAGUGUCCCCUGAGGGAAUUCCUCACCGUGUACAUCAAGAACAUUUUCCUCAGCCAGGUCCUGGCAGAGAUCAACAAAGAGAUCGAAGGGGUCACCAAGGCCUCGGAUCCCCUGAAAAUCCUGGCCAAUGCUGACACCAUGAAGGUCCUGGGAGUGCAGAGACCUCUGCUGCAGAGCACGGUGAUCGUGGAGAAGACAGUGCAGGACCUGAUGAACCUGAUGCACGACCUGAGUGCCUACUCUGACCAGUUCCUGCACAUGGUGUGUGUGAAGCUGCAGGAGUACAAGGACACCUGCACCCUGGCCUACAGGACCAUCGUGCAGUCGGAUGAGAAGCUGGUGAUCAGUGCAUCCUGGGCCAAGGAUGAUGAUAUCAGCAGGCUCCUGAAAUCCCUGCCCAACUGGAGCAACAUGGCUCAGCCCAAGCAGCUGAGGCCCAAGAGGGAGGAGGAGGAGGAUUUUAUAAGGGCUGCUUUUGGCAAAGAAUCCGAAGUUCUGAUUGGCAAUUUGGGAGACAAGCUGAUCCCUCAGCAGGAGAUCCUGCGGGACGUCAGCGACCUCAAAGCCUUGGCCAACCUGCACGAGAGCCUGGAGUGGCUGGCAGGACGCACCAAGGCAGCUUUUUCCAGCCUCUCAGCAUCCCAGAGUGAGGUCUGGUUGGAACUCAGGGUUCACUGCUUCCAUUACCUGAUCCCUCUGGCCAAGCAAGGCAAUUAUGCCAUCGUGGCCAACGUGGAGAGCAUGGACUACGACCCGCUGGUGGUGAGGCUCAACAAGGACAUCAGUGCCAUCGAGGAGGCCAUGAGUGCCAGCCUGCAGCAGCACAAGUUCCAGUACAUCUUCGAAGGUUUGGGCCACCUCAUCUCCUGCAUCCUCAUCAACGGUGCUCACUACUUCAAACGCAUCAGCGAGUCUGGCAUCAAGAAAAUGUGCAGGAACAUUUUCAUCCUGCAGCAAAACCUCACCAACAUCACCAUGUCCAGGGAGGCCGACCUGGACUUUGCCAGGCAGUAUUACGAGAUGCUCUACAACACUGCGGACGAGCUGCUGAACCUGGUGGUGGAUCAGGGCGUGAAGUACACGGAGCUGGAAUACAUUUACGCCCUGAACCUGCUGCACCGCAGCCAGACCGGCGUGGGCGACCAAACCACGCAGAACAUGAGGCUGCAGCGCCUCAAGGAGAUCAUCUGUGAGCAGGCUGCCAUCAAACAGGCCACCAAGGACAAGAAAAUCACCACCGUGUGACCGUCCCGCCGAUAUCCACGCCACCCGUGGCGCCUCCG